UGACGAAGGAAUUUAGCUUGUAGCUUUCCAAUUGUUUUCUUGUGAAAGCACUGGUUUAGUUGCAAAGUUUUCCUUCCGGUUCAAAUUGCUUUCCGUUCCAGGCAGCGUUGUGACUCACUCGACUCGAUUUGGGUGUUUUGGACUCGUCUGCCUGGAACGGGAGAGAAGACACGUUGCUUAUCGGGCACCUAAAAAGUCUUUAGUAGGUCCUUCCCUCCUAUCUAAUGCUAAGAUACUGCAAUUGAAUGGCACGCGCGCGCACGCCUGCAUACAGCUGAGGCUAAAAGCAUCCUUUGGAAUCGCACAAUGGGCAGCCACUUCCGGAGCUACAUCUGGGACCCGGUUCUUAUUGUCUUCCAAAUCGUGUUGAUGCAGUGCAUCUACUACAGCUUUCUGGGCUUGUGGUUGGCAGGAGUGGACAGUCUAGUGCAAAGGCGUAGCUCGCUGGACCAGAUCUUCAGCUAUGAAAUCCUUGGUUUUGCAUCCAUUCUGGGUAGGCUCUCCAUGAUGGCGUUUGUUUUAAACUCUCUUACCUGCGCUCUGGGCUUGUGGUUCUUCAUCCGCCGAGGGAAGCAGUGCCUGGACUUCACCGUCACGGUGCACUUCUUCCAUUUGAUAGCCUGCUGGAUCUACAAUUCUCACUUCCCCUCCACGCUGGCCUGGUGGCUCAUCAACUUGGCCUGCGUGGCGUUGAUGGCGGUCAUCGGAGAGUACUUGUGCAUGCGGACCGAGCUCAGGGCCAUCCCGGUCAAUUCCGGACCCAAGUCUAACCUUUGAAUUGCUUUCUGCUGAAAAGGGACACUUUGAGACAGAAGAAGGAUGAUCUCGCCCCGCUUAAAGAAAUCAAACGCGGCACAUCAAUUGGACCGGUCUCUGUGUACGGUGUCCGUUCUGCGACGGCCUAUUUAUUCUCCGCUCUCCUUUAAACUAUGGACAGAUUUAUCCGCGCAGCCGUGAAGCGACUCCAUCAAAUGCUUCCAGUUGUGGACGUUGAGCGCAUUUCCUCCAUGACCUCGAUGUGAACAGCUGCUUUGACUUUUUGUUUUUUUGUCUUUCUGAGAGGUAAAAAAAAAAAACAUCUACUUGCAGUCAAAUGCAAGCAAACAUUAUUCAAUAUUUGUCUUCUAAAAUCCUGUAAGUUAAUUAUUAAAUAGCUUAUUCUGUGUACAAGCCAUUGCCACAAUUUUUAAAAAAGUAAACCUCAGUCCAUCAUGACAUGAUCUUUUCACGCUGGUGGAAAAAUAAAUAACAUGAUAUGUUGUGUGUAGAUUCUGGAUUUGGAAGACACAAAGCACAGCAAUCCGUUGCAGUUCAGGUUACUAGCUUACUGAAUGUGUCUAUUUGGGAAUAGAAAAUCUUUCUAAACUUAUUUACGCUAUCAAAGACAAGCAGUCUAGUAACUGAUUCAGACAAUACAAAACAACUGAAGCAGCUGUACCAGAAUGUCAAACAUUUUAGUGGGACACCUUAUCACUUUAAAAUGGGGGGGGGCACAUUGACCUGGAUAAGGUUUCCCUCAGUAACUUGGACCAAAAGGAAUCGCUUCAUUUAGCCAAAGUCUCGUUAAAUUUAUCAUGUUUUCAUGUAGUUAGAACUUGAUUUAGACUUGAUCUUUCCUGGUGUGGCAGGUGUGUAUAAUUGCCCCUUCAGUUUGAGGUCAAAAUAUAGCUUGUAGACAUUUUUUUUUUUUUUUUUUUUUGAAUUAUACAGUGCUGGCCAAAAGUAUUGGCAUCCCUGCAAUUCUGUCGGAUAAUGCCCAGUUUCUCUAAUGCAAUUACAAAUGCUUUGGUAGAAUAUCUUCAUUUAUUUUGCUUGCACUGAAAAAAGAAAAGAGAACCAAAAAAAUGGAAUCAUAAUCAUUGUACACAAAAGUCCAAAAAUGAGAUUCUUCCAAUGCUCUGCUGGAAUUUUAGACCAUUCCUCUUUGGCCAACAGAUUUGAAGGGUGCCAUUUUCAGAUCUCUCCACAGGAUUCAGGUCUGGCCACUUCAGAAGUCUCCAGUGCUUUCUCUCAAACCAUUUUUGAAGUAUGUUUUGGGUCAUUGUCCUGCUGGAAGACCCAUGACCUCUGAGCUUUCCCACACUGGGCCCUAGAUUAUGCUGCAAAAUUUGUUGGUAGUCUUCAUAAUGCUAUGCACGCGGUCAAGGUAGCAAAGCGACCUCAAAACAUCAGGGAACAUCCGCCAUGUUUGACUGUGAGGACCGUGUUCUUUUCUUUGAAGGCCCCCCCGUAAGCUCUUAUGUCGAUGCCUUUUCCCAAAAAGCUCUACUUUUGUCUCAUCUGACCAGAGAACAUUCAACCAAAACGUUUUUGGCUUUCUCAGGUAAGUUUUGGCAAACUCCAGCCUGCCUUUUUCAUGUCUCCGGGACACAAGUGGGGUCUUCCUGCGUAUCAUACCAUAUAGUCCUUGCCUGGUUUACCAGACACACCGCUGUUCCAGCGAUUGAGUCUGGCGACCGUCCAGCGGAUCAAAUUCCGAGGGCGGAGCAAACAGACAGCGCAGUGGACCAAUCAGCGACGGGCAGACGUGACGUCGUUAAAGCGACAAGUAAUUAGCGUGAGCGGAGAAUGGAGAAGUUUAUUCAACAUGGCUAGCGCGAGCCACUUGUUUCAAUGUGGAUUUGGUCAUUUAAAACUGGUUUUACCGCGGAUUGGAACAUAUUCUCGGCUCUCCCGCUCGCCAUUUGUGUUGUAGAGACGACUUUCGGCGCGCAAGAGUGACGUUACUCGUUAAGAACAGGUCACGCAAAUAAAAGAAUCUGAUUGGACGGUUGAUUUUGUACUUGUUUGAGAGGCCGUUAAUGGGCUGGGUCCCAGACUAUUUCUCACAGUGUUUGAAAAAUACAGGGAGAAUAGUCUGGCGGUGCCAGGCAAAUAGUCCCUUUUCAUUCAGACGCCGACGGCUGACACUGUUGUACCCUCGGACUGCGGGACAGCUUGAACUUGUUUGAAUGUUAGUGGAGGUUCUUUAUCCACCAUCCGCACAAUAUUUUGUGUAUAUCUCUCAUCAAUUUUUCUUUUCCGUCCACAUCUAGGGAGGUUAGCCACAGUGCCGUGGGCUUUACACUUAAGGAUGACCCUGCGCACGGUAGACACAGGAACAUUCAGGUCUUUGGAGAUGUAGCCUCGAGAUUGCCCAUGCUUCCUCUUUUGCUUCGCAAGUCCUCAGACAGUUCUUUGGUGUUCUUUCUUUUCUCCGUGCUCAAUGUGGUACACACAAGGACAAAGGUUGAGUCAACUUGAAUUCAUUUUAACUGGCUGCAAGUCUGAUUUAGAAAAUUGUAAUUGCAAUCAUUUUCUGGGCUAAAUUGAGCAUUAUCUGACAGAAUUUCAGUGGCGCUAAUACUUAUGGCCAGCACUGUAUUUAGCAUUUUACACCGCAAGCGUUUGUUUCCCCCCUCUUCCUUGUCGUAAUGUAUGGUGACAUGAUGAGGCCUCUUUGGGAGGGCUUUGUCAGCCACCAGCUGUGUUCUGACAACGUGAUGUCUCUGUUCCAGAAAAUGCUGUCACUCUUUGAGGAGCUGCAAUAUCAGAAGAUAAAAAAAAUCUUUUUAUGUGUGAUAAGUUUUAGCCUUCUUAUUUUGAGCUCUUAAAACCAUAUCCUGUCAUUAGAAUGCGCUGCAGCUUUCUCACUAUUUUUUAGAUUAAAGCGGUGAUAUAAAAACUCAAUUUAGUCUUGAAAAUGAAAGAAGUCAAUUGCGGGAAAGGAGUCAAUAUUGUGAGCAUGCAUUAAAAUGGGGUCGUCGAUUUUUUUUUUUCUUUUUUUUUUUUUUUUCCAGUUUUUAGAAACGUCUUCUCCUGGGGGUUUUGUUCAGUCAUCAGUCACACAUUUUUGAAUAUCAUACAUCUCGUCUGUACAGUUUAUUCUCACGGGGAUAUCAACUGCUGCUGAAUCGUUUUUUCACAUUUUGACAUAAUGAUGACUUUUUAGGUGAUGAAAUACUUGGACCACCGUCUUCAUACGGAGCAACUCCCCCAUCAUUUUCUUUUGCAUUGCUACCCUAAUGUUUUGUCAAUUUCUGAGAUGAUGCACAAUUUGACAGAUAUCCUAUGUAUACAGAACAAGUAUUUGAUACACUGCAAAUGGGUUUUCCCAUUGACUGUGUAUCAAAUACUUGUUCUCCCCACUGUACCUCCCUGGAUGGCAGGUUAUUUGCAAAUACAAAGAAGCUGAGAGAUGGACCUAUCCUUGCGAUGAAAACCAAUAAAAGACUACAGUGAA